AUGUCGAAUUCCACAGACAAUCCCGACUUUAUCGAGACGUUGACGGACGCGUUUCUGGAGUGGUUUCGUAACGACAUCCUGCCGGUGUGCAGUGCCCUAUUCAACGUCGCCGUCAUUAUUACGGGCGUCAUUCUGAACGUGUUGCUGCUCGUCACGAUCCGGAAGCGUGGCCUCCUGCACGAACCCAGCUCCCACUUCCUGCUGGCUUUCUGUAUAGCGGACUUCAUCAGCUACGUGCUUCUUUUGCUGCCCAAUGUCAUCACGGCAUCCAUUGGUGACUGGGUCCUCUCCCAACCCUUCUGCCAGAUUCACGGCGCCAUGCUGUUCCUUGUUGUAUUUGCCAACUUUGGCAUAGUGACAGUUCUCACCCUCGAACGAGCUAUUAAGUUGUGUCGGAAUGACGAUACUUUAUAUGCAAAAAUGUUCGAAAACGCAAAGAUGCGAAAUAUUCUUAUUGUCGCAGUAUUUGUUGUGGCUACUUUAUUAGCGUUUAUUCCCGUAACUGGCGCGGGCGACAUACAGUACGACCGCUACCACGAGGGAUGUCGGCUAGACUACGUUGCGGGCCCGGCCUUCUUGAUUGUCCACUUCCUCCUGACAAUUGUUCUGUCUCUCGUUGCUGCUGUUGUUUCAUAUUCGUUGAUAUUCCACACACGGAAAAAUGCUCUCAUUCGCAACCGCUUGAUUAAGAAAAACGUGGAAACGAAUAAGACAAACACGUCACAAAGAAAAUUAAUCACUUCAACGGUCAGUGAGGAACCGCUUGACAUUAUCAAAGAACAUGACGAUGAAGUGUUAACGCCCGAUACAAAACCAUGCAGUGAUCCUGUAAGCAAGCCAACAGCAAAAAAGCGGAGGCCACGCUCUACGCGCCGAAAGCAGUCGCUACUGUUCGAGGUGUUCAGCGACGAUGAGGAGAACCCGGCCUUCCACCUGGCGAUCACCUACCUCGCCCUCUGGCUCACAAUAUUCGUCUGCUACCUGCCUUACAUUGUUGUAUGCUUCUAUGGUGCCUUCAACAAUGACUCUGUGUGGGGUGGGUUUUACACCAUCAGCUUACUGUUCCUCCACGUAUGUUUUGCCGCUAAGCCUGUCGUCUAUCUCGGACACAACCGUCAGUAUAGGGAGCUCACCAAGGAGACCAUACCGGAAGGAAUGAAAACAGGCGCCAAGUCCAUGCGCUCGUCCAUCUCAAGCGUUUCCGGGAAGGUCGAGGAUUUCUUAUUUAGGUCACGCGCUAACCGACGCUUUACGGCGGCUUUGGCAGCUCACAAAGCAGUACUAAUAUGGAAGAAGCGAUCGACGAAGAAACCGGAUACGAUCAAGCUUGUUGACAAGAUAUCUCUGACUGACGCGAUGCAUGUUCCAGAAACGGGGGAUGGCAGUAACGUAGUUUCUCUUCCGGUAAAGACAGACACGUCAUAUGAAAACAACCACAGACCAACGAUAACGCCCAGUGACGUGAAUUUUAACACCGGAAACAGCUCCUUCAUAGAGAAAGAGCGCAUGCGCAUGGUGAACGGGAAUUUUGGUGAGCCACAAGCAAACACAACCGUGUCUCCUGUUCCGGGAAUGGUGCAGGAACUGUAA